CGGUGUCGACUAGCUAGCUAGCUGCCAUGUAAAUAUUCUGGAGAGCUAGCCAACUAGUUAAGGAUGUUUUUAAGAGCAAACGUAUAGCAGCUCCUGAAGAAUUGGAGCAAAAUGAAAUCAGUUUUCAUACAAAGUAUUCCAAGUUCUGGUUGUCAUUCUCAGCUGCAGCUGUAACCAUGGAUGCCAAAGCCAACGACAGCACCUUCCCAAGUUUGGUAGACUUGGAUGAGUUCCUCACCAAGCACGACUCAAAUUUUGUAUGGCUUCUUGUGGCCACCAUUCUGUCCUGUGGAUGGAUUAUAUACCUUACAUACUACAACUCCCGCAACAUUGGCCUCAUCUUAACUCUCAUCAUCAACCGACUCUACAAGAAAGGCUACAUUCAUAUCGGAUCUUUCUCAUUUUCUGUACUGUCAGGGAAAGUCAUGUUCAGGGAUGUGUACUUCAUCAAUGAAGACAUGUCCAUCAGAAUACAAGACGGUUUCCUUAUUUUCCGCUGGUGGAAAAUGUAUAACCCUAAGCAGAAACAGCAUGACCCAAAGGCUGAGACCAGGCUCUACGUGACUGUUAAUGGAUUUGAGUUCCAUGUUUACAACCGCACAGACCUUUAUGCACGGUUACAGGAGACCUUUGGGUUAGACCCUACCCUAAUUCUGCCCAAAAAAGAUGAGGAGCGAGAAAGAGAAGAACGAGAAAAGAGCAUGGACAGUGUUAACAUCAAAGCAGAGACUCUAGACCCUUCAACAUCUUGGAGGUCUCUCAUUCCUGUCAUAAAAGUCAACAUUAGUACUGGUCGCUUAGCAUUUGGGAACCACCACCUUCCACAGACCAUGUGUGUAAACUUUGAGGAUGCCUUCCUUACCUAUGCCACUAAGCCCCCCUCCAGCCAUCUGGACCAGUACAUGCACAUUGUCAAAGGCUCUCUAGAGAAUGUCCGUGUCAUGCUGGUUCCCAGUCCUCGCUACCUUGGCAUGCAGAAUGAUGAGCCACCCCGUCUGAUGGGAGAAGGGUUUGUGGUCAUGCAGUCGAAUGAUGUGGAUAUCUACUAUUACCAGGAUGAACCAGGCCUGGUCCCAGAGGAGCAGGAGAGUGGGGAUCCAGAGUUGUGUGGGGAAGGAACCAAAUUACAGGACCUGCCUCCCUGCUGGGGUCUGGACAUUGUCUGUGGGAAAGGAACUGACUUCAACUAUGGGCCCUGGGCAGACCGGCAGAGGGACUGUCUGUGGAAGUUCUUCCUCCCAGCAGACUACCAGUCCAUGGGUGUUACAGAGGUGGCUCAGCCUGGCAAACCUAGACAGAUCCUGGCCUUCGAACUUCGCAUGAACAUCAUUGCAGAUGCCACUAUUGACCUGCUCUUCACUAAAAACAGGGAAACAAAUGCCAUCCAUGUGAAUGUUGGUGCAGGCUCUUACCUGGAAGUGAACAUCCCUAUGACUGUGGGGGAAGCUGGCUACUCUCCCACCAUCAAAGGCCAGUUGCUCCAUGUUGACACCACCACAAGCAUGCAGUACAGGACCCUGCUGGAAGCUGAGAUGCUAGCUUUCCAUGUGAUUGCGAGCUAUCCCCGUGUCUGGAACAUGCCCCAGUCAUGGAACUGUGAGAUAGAGGUGUAUAAGGCCACUUAUCACUUCAUUUAUGCCCAGAAGAACUUUUUUACAGACCUGAUAGGAGACUGGGCUAGCGAUAGUGCCCCAGAUAUCUAUUCCUUUGUCCCUUACACAUGGAAGUUCAAGGUCCUCUUCCACCAGUUUGAGAUGCUCUGGGCUGCCAACCAGCACAACUGGAUCGACUGCUCCACAAAGCAACAGGAGAAUGUGUAUCUGGCUGCUUGUGGGGAGACUCUGAACAUUGAUUUCAUGUUGCCUUUUAAUGAGUAUGUCCCUACAACAUGCAAUACCAGGUUCUGUCUGAGGGCUGAAGACACAGACCUGCGUCUUUCCCUGCCAGAUUGCCACCCCAGUAGGUACCCUCUGCUCACCCUUGCCAAGGACUACCAGAACAGCAAGUUGCCCCCUGACAUGAGCAUGCCUGGGGAGAGCCAGAGACAUGGUGGCCUGCCCAAACUCAACAAGUCUGGCUGGAGGAACAUCACCCACGCAGAGGCUGGCUGGGUGGACUGUUGGACUGUCCCAAACUUCUUGCUCAUAAUCGAUUACACCUGGCACCCCAUCUACCCACAGAAGGCAGACGAGCAGCUCAAGCAGUCCUUGUCGGAGAUGGAGGACGCCAUGCUGUCAUCCUUGCGCCCCCCUGAGCACUCGUCUGGGUCCCACCCUCCACCUCCUCACCGCUGUACAACCAACAGUAGGGUAAAUACAGACCCCUCAGAGCUGCCCCCUGACAGGCUUCACGUGGAGAUGGAGAUGUCCCCUGACUCUCAGAUCAUCCUCUACGGGCCCAUGCUCAAAGCCCUCGUAUCCAUCAAGGAGAACUACUUUGGCGAGGAUGACAUGUACACAGACUUUGAAGAGGUGGUGUCUAGUCCGGUGCUGUCCUCCUUGUCCACCUCCUCCACUCUGGGCUGGUCUCCACUUGGCCUGGACGAUGACAGGAGGGAUGCAACCACUGUACAUCCCCUGUCCUUGCGCCCCUGGGACAUUACUGUCCUCAUCAACCUGUACAAGGUACACGGACGCCUGCCUAUGCAUUGUGGUAGCGACAGUCCUGAAGGACCCUCAGGAUUCCUAGAGAGGCUGUGUUUUGAGAUGAAAAAGGGCUACAAGGAGACCAUGCUCCAGCUUGUGCUCUCACCGGCUCACAUCUUUGUCAGUGACAACUACCAGCGUCCCACAUCUGAUGGUGUUCUGAGGGAUGGCCACCUUAGUCUGUCUGGCCUGCAGAUGCGUGCCCACGCCAUGUUCUCAGCCCAAGGCCUGCCCCUAGGGACUGACACCCUGGAGUACGCCUGGCUCAUCGACAUGCAGGCUGGGGCCCUUACUGGACGAGUCACUGUGCCACAGCUGGCCAGUGUGAUGGAGUGGGGUGAGACGUACAUGUUCCAUGUCUUCUCAAGGGAGUUUCAGCUGGAGCAGCCCAAGCCCUCAGUCAUCUGCCAGCAUGGGGUGGACCGCCGUGUGUGUGACUCCAAGAUGGCCUGCCUCCCUGGAUACUGCCGGACAUCUGAGGAGCUUAAAUACACCAUGACCCGUCUGGCUGUGGAUGGGGCUGACCUCUUCAUAGUGGAGCACAGCUGUGCAGCCAACAUCAAGACGGGGACUAUCAGACUUGCCAACUGUAACCUGCACAACCAGGCAGUAGGAGAAGGGAUCAGUGCUGUGGUGCAGGACGUCCAGAUCCACCAGUAUAUGGAACAGCAGCAGCAACAACCUCAGUCAGACGGGGUGCGACUGGGGGCAUCUCCAGGUCAGGGGUUAGGACUUGGCCAGCCUCCUGUGCUGCGGAGGUCUUUCUGGUUGGAGGCUGGCUCUGUCAACUUUGCCCUAAUCACAGCUGACAUAGCACUGGCUGCGGACCAUCCGGCCAAGUAUGAGGUGCAGAGGCAGUUCCUGGAGCUCCAUGAUGCUCAGACGAAAAGGCUAUGGUUUCUGUGGCCUGGCGAAACAGCGCAUAACAAACGUAGCAGGAAUAAGUGUGGCUGCCUGGGGGGCUGUCGUUUUUACGGGGGCACCAACACAGGCCUGGACUUUUUCCGCCUGGAGGAGAUGACCCCGUCCUCCAGUUCUGCCUUCUCUUCCAGCUCUGAGUCAGACAUGUGCUAUGGCCAAUCCCUGCUGCAGCCUGGAGAGUGGAUCAUCACCAAAGAGAUGCACAAACUGUCCGAUGUUAAAGGGGUGGGAGUGAAGAGGGACACCUGUACUCCCAGUCCAGCCGUGGAGCUUGGAAUAAGGUGUCAGCACUUGAGCCUGCAGGUGCCUCAGCGCUCCCAUAGUUCGGCCUCCUCCUCCGAGGAAAAUAGUUCCUCCAGUGCGGCUCUGCCCCUUCUGGCCAGGGAGAGGGAUAGCCCGUCACCCAGCACGGAGGAGCACAUAUUCCCCAUGAACAACAGGAUCACUGCAGACACUCUCACAGAUGUCCCUGAAGGCUCCCCAGUCUCCCCCAAUAGUGCCCAGGAGUGCUCAUCCCUCCGCUCCCCACUUCGCUCGCCCCUCAAACGCCAGUCCUCUGUGCACUCGAGCCGCCUGGGAAGCACAAAGAGCCUGUCUGCAGCAGUCUUCACCGAUAAGCCCCCACCGCCACUUUCUGGGGUCCAGUUCAGCAGCGAGGUCUCUCAAAGCGACGAAAAUGUCCUCGACUCACCUCGUCAGCGCCGGAGCUACGGCUCCUUCCCUUUCACGCCUUCCGCAGACUCAAGCACCUUCCAUCAGUACCGCUCUGCUGACUCCUGCAUGUCGGUGGCCGACAGUGAGGCCUACUUCUCGGCAGCGGAGGACUUUGAGCCCAUCAGCAGUGCAGAUGAGGGCCCCGGCACCUACCCUGGGAGGAAGAAGAAAAGGAGGCAACAGCAGUAUCCGCCCCAGCAACAGCCCUACCACAUGGACCACUACAGCCGCAGCUCCAUCUAUCACAGUGUGGAGGGGCCCCUCACCUAUGUGUUGAAUGGGGAUCUCAUCACAGAGCCCAGACCCCUUCCCAUGCUACCCCCACUACCAGCUCACCCAAUCCCCAGCCAUCAGUCUCAGGGCUCCUUUGUGUCGGCACUGGGGUUGGAUGAGGAGGGCUCUGCAGAGGUGGAGAAGAACCCUGAGCCAGGUCUGGUGACACGCCAACCCCAUGUCAUGGCCUGCUAUCAGAGCUACCUAGCCCACUACCAGGUGUCCAAUUGGUCUCAGAAGCAGCCAACCAAUAAGAGGACCUCCAAGUCCUCUUUGCAUCGGCCCCUGGACCUGGACACACCUACCAGCGAGGAAAGCUCGACCUCCUUCGACCAGCUCUCUGUUCCGAGCUUUAAGGUGGUGAAGCAAGGCCUCUCUGCCAGCUCCCUACUUGACAGAGGCCUGGCACUGUUGGGGGACACAAACAACCAACCGUACACUCCCCUGGAUAAGAAGGGGAUGGAGAACACCGAUGACACCACCACUGAAGACUGGACCCUGGAACAACCCCUCUCCCAGACAAGAACUACUGCCAUUGUGGAGGUGAAGGGGGCCAUCAAUGUAGUGCUUACCCCACUUGUGGCUGAAGCUCUUGACAGAUACAUUGAGUCCAUGGUCCACUACGUCAGUAUACGCCACCCUGCAGCCAUUCUGGAUGACCUUCACGGGAAGGUCCUAAAUGAAGCCUAUCAGAUCAGCAAGUCCACGGUGACUGAAUCUAGCACAACCAAGCAGGAGCACAAACUGUCCAAGACGGAGGGUACCACAGGCUCCCUCAACACGCCCCAUGGCCAAACAGACCUGUCAGUCAAACCAGACAAUGUGAAGAUCAAGGGCCUGCAAGCUAAUGUGUCGAUACCUAAGGUGAAUCUUUGUCUGCUCCAGGCCUCAGUUGAAGAGUGUGCACCCUCUAACUCCAUUAAGAACCAUAUCACUCACGUGUCCCUGGUUGCUCUCUGCUUUGACAGCAUUGCCACACAGUUUCGCAUGAACCGGGGCAUAGUGGAGGAAACGCCCAACACUGCAGAGCAUGGGCGUCCCUCCGUCAACUUGGAGAAGUACGCCUCGGCCAGCAAGAUGCAACCACAGUCCUCAGGAUCACUUCGCUCCAACGCUGGCAUUGAAAAGGGCAAGGAGAUUGCUGCUAAACUUAACAUCCGCCGCAUCCACAGCCAGCUACGAGGGCUGGAUUCCAAAGACAUUGGGACAUGUGCCAUCACAGCCAUUCCUUUUGAAAAGUCCAAAGUGCUGUUCAGUCUCGAGGAAAUGGAUGAAUUUGCUCUGGUAGACGAGACCGAAAACCAGGUUGCUGCUGACUUGACCCGCAGCUCUGCCUCCCUGGAGAAGUGGGGCUGGAUCAUGUUUGAGUGUGGUAUCGAGAACCUCACUGUCAAAGGUGGGCGUCAGUCUGGUGCAGUGCUGUACAGUGCGUUUGGUGUGAUGGGGCAGUCGGGUACAGUCUUGAAGAAUGGAAUUUCCAAGUCGAAUGGCUCAUCAGGCUCUCAGACAGGCAGUGGCUACAGCACAGAUGUAUCUGAUGACAACCUGCCUAAAGAUGCAACCAGCCCCAACUCUGAUGCGAACGGAAACUCUGAUUCUGAUGAUCAGGAUGAAGGUGUAGAGUCUGAUGACCUGAAGAAAGACCUGCCUCUCAUGCCCCCGCCCCCUGACUCCAGCAGCAUGAAGCUAACCAUCAAGGAGAUCUGGUUUAGCUUCGCUGCUCCCACCAACGUCCGCUCCCCCUCCCAGGCCAUUUCCAGGCAGCUGAAUCUCCUGAGCACAGCUACGCCAGCAAUCGGUGCCUGGUUGGUUCCCAUCGACCAGCUCAAGUCCUCUCUGCGUAAGCUGGACAUGGAGGGCACUUUGAGAGUGUGUGCUGUUAUGGGCUGUAUCAUGACCGAAGCCUUGGAGAAAAAGAGUAUCCACAUUCCUUUCCGGAGCAAGUACAACCGGGUGACCAAGCGAGCACGCUACCUCCACGAGAACCCCUCUUGUCUUCUAUGUAACAUCCUGCACCGUUACCUACAGCAGGCAGAUUACUCAGUGAUAGAGGAGGCAACCAUGAAUGAUGGGCUGCCUGCGCUGGUGACCCUGAAGAAGGGCCUGGUUGCUCUAGCUCGGCAGUGGAUGAAGUUUAUUGUGGUGACCCAGGGCUUUAAGGCCAUUGGCUUGAUGAGGCCCAACCAGCUGCCUAAACCCAAGGAGACCCCUCAGCCACAGACCUUCCAGGAUCAGAGCCUGGGCCUGGACAAUGGAGCCGCACUACAAAGUGACACCAGUGCCGAUGGGGCUGAGUUUGAGUUUGACGCUGCCACAGUCAGUGAACAUACCAUGCUACUGGAGGGAGCCUGCAGCCGUCCACCACCCACGGGAGAAAAAUCUGGACCAGUCAGUGGUGUGGAGAUCAUGAGGAAGCUCUCGAAGUCCCACACCCACAAUGAGUCUGCCCUCAAAAUUAAGGGCUCCCAUCCAUACCAGUCCCUGAGUUACACCAGUGGGGACACGGCAGCUGACUCCCCUGCCCAUGUGAGUCACGCGUGCAUGGCUGCCAAAGACAGUCCCCGUAAGGAGAGUCUGCUCAGCUAUUUGACAGGCAGCUUUCCCAGCCUGCACAACCUGCUAGAGGGCACUCCUCAAAGGAAUGAACCUGUGACAAAGAGCGGUUCCCUGACUCGCACAGGAAACAGUGUGGGGCCUGAUGUACUGACAGAGCACCCACUUCUGUCAGAACCUUCUUCCGUCAGUUUCUACAACUGGAUGUCCAAUGCUGUGGGCAACCGGGGCAGAGGGAACGCUAUACCCCAAGAGUCCCCUGUCAACCGUUCCCAACACAACAGCCUGCAGACAGGUGUCACUUGUAACCUCCCCACCAUCCCAUCAGCGUCUGAUUUCAACACGGUGCUGUCCAGCGACCAGAACACUCUGGAUGGAACACAGUCUCAGCACUCUCAGCACAGCACCAGCCAGGACGACAUAAUGAUGGCUGACAUCGACGAGGGCAACCAGUGUCCUGCAGCUGUGCAACUGGCAGAUGCACAGGUUGUGUUCAAGCCUCUGUUGAGUCACGCGGGGAUCCAAGCUCAGGACACCACUCCUCUCAGCUACAAGAUGUACUUUGGGGAGCACCUCUCCUUCUCCGGCACCUUGGAGUGUCUUAGAGCAGACAUUGUGGACUCGGACACGUCCAAGGAACGAAAGAACAAACGGUCAAAAAGACAGGGCAUGCCAAACCUCCUACCACUGGAGUUCAAGCCGGCACUGCUGAUCGAGACAUUCAGCCUGAACGCUGUGGUAAUGGAAAAGUCCACCAGCACGGGCCCGCCCAAUUCCAUGGCUGCUGCUGCGCCACUAGCCUUCCAUGAUCUCAACCGACGCCACUACAACACCUUCCACUGUGACUUCACUAUUGCCUGCCAAGCCAUUAGUCAGCGUGUUGACAUGGCCCUGGUGCGCCUCAUCCAUCAGUUUAGCACCAUGGUAGAUGACAUCAAGGCCACACAGACAGACAUCAAACUGAGUCGCUAUACCGCAGGCUCUGCCUCCCCAACGCCCACCUUCAAGGCACGGCCCUACCGCCACUUCCGCUCCUCAGAUUUCAGCCGCAGCUCGCGAGGCAGCCUCAAUGGGGCCGGGCGAAGCGGGGCUGCUGUUGGAGGAAACACGACCCAAAAGAGCAAGCGGGGUGGAGGAGGGAGUCAACCUCUCAAUGGACCCCCUUCAGGACUGGACACGCUGGGCAGGAGGGAGCCCCGUGGACGCAACACGUUGGGUCGCUCGGAACGCCGCACCUCCAAGGUGUCGCGGAAGGGCUCUCGGGACGUGGCUGACCACAUGGCCAUCCAGAUGGACGACUCAGACUCUAUCACAGUGUCCGAGCAGAGUGAGCCCUCGGCUGAGUGCUGGCAGAACAUGUACAAGCUGCUCAACUUCUACUCCCUUAUUUCUGACCCUACUGGUAUCCUGGAGAAGAGCUCCCCAGAGAACUGCUUGACAGAUGCUGGCCGUAGCCCCUCAGAGCCCUUGUGCAGGGUGAUCUUUGAGAAUGAGCAGCAGGAUCCGACCACCCCCACUAACAAGCCCAUCACUGGGCUUGGGGCCGGGGGGCGACGGCGCAGCCUGGUGAGCUCUGAGCCACAGCAUGUCACCCUUAUUGUGUUUGGAAUUGGAAUGGUGAACCGCACCCAUCUGGAGGCAGACAUUGGGGGCCUUACCAUGGAGGCAGAGCUAAAGAAGAUCCAUGGCAGCUUCACACUCAAGGAGAAGAUGAAAGAUAUUCUGCACCAGAAAAUGACAGAGACUUGUGCCUCAGCCCACAUAGGAGGAGUUAACAUUGUGCUCCUAGAGGGUAUAACACCAGACAUUCAACUGGAGGAUUUCCCUACAUCUCCUACCAGCACAGCCAAACAAGAGUUUCUAACGGUUGUGAAAUGCAACAUAGCUAAGUCGCAGGCCCUCUACAGCGCCCAGCGAGGCCUAAAGACCAACAAUGCCGCUGUAUUCAAGGUGGGCGCCAUCAUGAUCAACAUUCCCCAGCACCCAGCCACGCUGCACAGCAUGAUGGUUCGCAGCUCCCACCAGCUCUCCAAACAGAUUUCCGAUCUCAUCCGCCAGCCUUCAAACUUGCCGCCCCCGAACAGGGAGGACACCCCCACACCUCAGCCCUCUGACAAGGCAUCCAGUAUCAACCAGACACCAGUUGAGGCCAAUGAGUUCCCCCAGCUGCCAGAGGGCCUGGAGAAGAAGCCCAUCGUCCUCAAGUUCAGUGCCAUGAUGGAUGGCAUCACCAUAGGAGCAGCUCUGCUGCCCUCUCUCAAGGCUGAAUACAAGAUGGGCCGAAUGAAGAGUCACGGCAUGACCGGUGCCCAGACAAGGUUCACCUUCGAGUUGCCUAACCACAAGCUAUGUUUCCAGUCCAAGGUGUCCCCGGUGGACACCCUGUCCACCAUGCCCCCCUCAGCCAGCCUCAACCUACCACCAGUCACCAUGUCUGGAGAGUACAUUAUGGAGGAACAUGAGGGCCACUCAGACUUCACAGAUGACUUUCCGAUACCCAUGAAGCAGGGCAACUAUCUUCAAGGGAAUUACCUGCGCUGUGUUGCUGAGAUUGGUUCUUUUGAGCACAACCUCACCACUGACCUGCUGAACCAUCUAGUGUUCCUGCAGAAGGUUUUCAUGAAGGAAGUCAAUGAGGUCAUCCAGAAAGUAUCAGGAGGAGAACAGCCCAUUCCUCUGUGGAACGAACAUGACAUCUCCACAGAUGCUGACAAACCGAAGAUUCUGCUCUACUCACUCAGUCUGAUGUUUAAGGGGAUCCAGAUGACAGCCACUACUCCAUCCAUGAGAGCGGUGCGCUUUGAGACAGGGCUGAUUGAGCUUGAGCUCUCCAAUAGGAUCCAGUGCAAGGCACAGCCUGGUGGCAGCAGCAGCUACCUCAAACUUUUUGGGAAGUGCCAAGUUGACCUCAACCUCGCUCUGGGCCAGAUAGUCAAACAUCAGGUGUAUGAGGAAGCAGGUUCAGACUUUCAUCAGGUGGCCUACUUCCGCACUCGUAUUGGCUUACGGAACGCUCUUCAGGAAGAAAUCAGUGGCUCCUCUGACAAAGAGGCUGUCCUCAUCACUCUCAACCGGCCAAUUGUCUUUGCUCAGCCAGUGGCUUUUGACAGAGCUGUACUCUUCUGGCUAAACUACAAGGCAGCAUAUGAUAACUGGAAUGAGCAGCGUCUGGCAUUGAAUAAGGACAUCCACAUGGCCACUAAGGAAGUAGUUGACAAGUUACCGGGCAUCCAGCAGACCUCCGCCCAAGCCUUUAGCACCCUCUUCCUGCAAUUAACCGUAAAUGACCUUGGAAUCUGUCUGCCCAUCACCAACACUUCACUGAAAGGACAUAUACCAGGUUUCGAAGGCAUCCGCUCUGAAGCUGGGGCCAGCAGAUCUGUAGGCCAACAAAAAUAUGCACGAAAAGCCAACCACAGCAUUGACUUUGACACUGGCUCAGCUCUGGUGCUGACCAUCGAGAGCACUCUUAUCACUGCCUGCUCCUCAGAGUCACUGGUCAGCAAGGGCCAUUUCAAGAACUUCUGUAUCCGCUUCGCUGAAGGCUUUGAGACAUCCUGGGAUGAUUGGAAGCCUGAGAUCCGUGGAGACAUGGUCAUGAAUGCUUGUGUUGUUCCAGAUGGCACAUAUGAAGUAUGCUCAAGAACUACAGGCCAGCCCUCUGCAGAAAGCAAUAGUGCGGGGACAUGGACUCUGAACGUGCUAUGGAAGAUGUGUGGUAUAGAUGUUCACAUGGACCCCAACAUCGGCAAGCGGCUUAACGCACUGGGCAACACCCUGACCUCGCUGACGGGUGAGGAGGACGUAGACGACAUUGCUGACCUUAACUCUAUCAAUAUGGCUGACCUUUCUGAUGAGGAUGAGGCAGACUCCAUGUCGCCAACUAUUCAUAUGGGGAGCCCAGAGGGAGAGUGCAGUAGCCCCAGGCUCACAUUCAGGAAGCGGCUAGUAAACAGCAUCCUAGGCCUGAAAAGCCCCAGCGUCCAGAGUGUCUCAGUACCAGGCGACUACCUAAACGACUAUGCCCCUUCCCAGUCCAGAGGGAACAGGGCCAGGUCUCCCAGACCCCUGUCCUGGGGAUGUGAGACUUUAGACCUUAGGCGGCAGACGGCCGUGGGCAACCAGAUCCUGGAUCCCAGGAGGGGGAAGUUUAACAAAAGACUGGUGGACAUCAGAGAAUUGAACGAGCAGGCUAAAGUCAUUGAUGACCUCAAGAAACUGGGAGCAAGUGAGGGCACAAUCAACCAGGAGAUCCAGCGCUACCAGCAAUUGGAGUCUGUAGCUGUCAACGACAUCAGGAGAGACGUCCGCAAGAAAUUACGCCGCUCGAGCAUGAGGGCUGCAUCACUAAAGGACAAGUGGGGUCUAGGAUACAAACCCAGCUAUAACCGCUCCAAAAGCAUUUCUACAGCUGCCGGCAGGCCUCCACUUAAAAGAAUGGAACGCCAAAGUUCCAGAAUAGGAGAUGUAGAUGACUUACCGGACGUCAGAGUGGACGCAUCCUCCCCUGGACCAAGAGUUACUUUCAACAUCCAGGACACGAUUAAUAAUGAGGACUCUGCAAACCGACCGGUCAGUCAAGGAGAGGUCUUCAAGUUUCCAGAGGAAACAGAAAUGGACCUGUUGUCCAUCACCAUUGAUGAGCCACUCCACCCUCAUCUUCAUCACCAUCAUCAUUUCCCAUCCGUUAGUGAGGGGCCCAACUCAGUGUUCAGUGCCCCUGCUACCCCCGCCGUCUUCUCACCUGGCAUUCCCUUCCAGCACGACGAUAUGCGGCGUGACGAGCUCUCCUCCUCUUCCUCUGAGGACUCUGACAAGGAGGAAGAGUUUGAACGUGAGAGGCCACCCAGUUUCUUCAGGAGGCCUGUCCAACCACCACACAGGAAGCCAUCUGGUUUCGCUGCCGUUAGCCAGUUGUUCAGUGAGCGCUGGCCCAGCACGCCCACCAACCGCAGCCUCAUGAGCUCGGUCACCGAGAGGAACAUUGACUUUGAGCUGGAUGUGCGCGUGGAGAUUGACAGUGGCAAGUGUGUGCUGCACCCCACCACCCAGCAGCCAGAUCACGAGGAUGUCUCUUCGAGAAGGAGUUGUGACCGCAGCUCAAGGAGUCUGGACCAGGAGUCUCCUCCUAAGAAGAAAAAGCUACAGCCCACGUAUUCCUCCACCACCCACUUACUGGCAGGGAAGAAGGUGCCUUCAUCUCUGCAGACAAAAUCCAGUGACCUGGAGACCACUGUCUUUUACAUUCCAGGAGUAGAUGUCAAGUUGCACUACAACUCCAAGACCAUGAAGACUGAGUCACCUAAUGCCUCGCGAGGAUCCUCCCUUCCUCGAACCCUAUCCAAAGAGUCAAAGCUGUAUGGUAUGAAAGAUAGCGGCCCUCAAAACCCUUCCAAUGCUGCCCAAAGCAAGACUAACUCGCUCCUUCCUCCUACACCCCCACCUAUACCAUCAGCAAAAGGCAAGGGCAGUGGUGGGGUGAAGACAGCCAAGCUGUACGCAUGGGUGGCCCUCCAGACCCUCCCAGAAGAGAUGGUUAUUAGUCCUUGUCUCCUGGACUUUUUGGAGAAAGCUUUGGAGACCAUUCCUAUAACCCCAGUGGAAAGGAACUAUAAUGCUCUGAAUUCCCAGGAGGAAGACAUAGGACAGUUUGAUCCAGUGGAACCCCUUGAAGAGUCCACCACCUCCCUGGUGUCCUCCUCCACCUCGGCUUAUUCCUCCUUUCCUGUUGAUGUUGUGGUUUAUGUCAGAGUUCAGCCCUCUCAGAUACGCUUCAGCUGCUUGCCCAUGUCCAGAGUGGAGUGUAUGCUGAAACUGCCGUCUCUAGACCUCGUAUUCUCCUCUAAUCGUGGUGAACUAGAGAUCCCGUCCGGUACACAACCUACGGACGGCCCGCACCCACCUUCCUCCACACCCCAACAUAUUCUGAAACCACCCCCUGGCAAAGGAGGCCCCUCUCCAUCUCUAGGUAGCCCUCUAGGCCGUACCCGUCACAGCAGCAGCCAAUCAGAUCUCACUGUCCCUCCAAGCAACUCCUCAGGGCUCAGCUUCACUGCCUGCAUGUCAGAUUUCUCUCUCUACGUAUUCCACCCCUAUGGAGCCGGGAAACAAAAGUCUGCCGUAACAGGACUGCCCCCAGGCCCAGGACCGCUAGGUACAGUGGAUGAGGAGCCGUCUUCUGUGACUGGGAGGAAGGAUUCCCUCAGCAUUAACCUGGAAUUUGUCAAGGUCAGCCUGUCCAGAAUGAGACGCACUGGAGGACCCACCUUCAUCGAGAGCUUUGUACCUGGCAAGGGGGGCAAGAUGGAUACCACCCUUAUCAAUAUCUCAGCUGUGUGUGACAUUGGCUCGGCCUCCUUUAAGUAUGACAUGCGGAGGCUGAGUGAAAUACUGGCCUUCCCAAGAGCCUGGUACCGCCGCAGCAUUGCCAGACGCCUCUUUCUGGGAGACCAGACCAUCAACAUGCCAACCGCCUCGGGUCCUGCCACCCCAGACUCGGUAGAGAACAUGGCCCAGCACCUGUCACCGGAAUCCAUCCGUAAAGCCUACUGGAGGACCUGGGACGGUACCACUGGGCAGCACAUCCCCCAGUCCUCCAGCGUGUUCACUGACCAUUCCACAGGGAACAACAUGUCCCCUGGGGGCCUGGGUACACACCUCAAGUCUCCAGCCCCCGGUCGCACCAGGAGCGUCUCUGAUUCGUCCGCCCCCCGAAGAGAUUCUGUGACUAAGACAUCAACGCCUUCGUUCAGUAAAAACGGCAAGGCAGCUGGCCCGCAAGGGACCCCGUGGGAAACACUGGUUGUCUUUGCCAUUAACCUAAAGCAGCUCAACGUCCAGAUGAACAUGAGCAACGUCAUGGGCAACAACACUUGGACCACCAGUGGGCUGAAGAGUCAGGGACGUCUGUCAGUAGGUAGUAACAGAGACAGAGAAAUCAGCAUGUCCGUUGGCCUGGGUUGCUCUAAACUGGACUCCAAAGGUGGCGUGGUGGGGGGCAAUAUAGAUGUCAACACCCUGGAGAUGGUCUCGCAUAUCUCAGAACACCCGAACCAACAACCUAGCCAUAAGAUCCAGAUCACCAUGGGCUCAACAGAGGCCCGUGUGGACUACAUGGGCUCUAGCAUCCUCAUGGGCAUCUUCAGCAAUGCAGACCUGCAACUCCAAGAUGAGUGGAAGGUCAACCUGUGCACAGUGGAGACCAGCCUAUCAGAAAAAAGUGAAAUCUUUGUCCAUGGGGACUUGCAGUGGGAUAUCUUCCAGGUAAUCAUCUCACGCUCGACUACACCUGACCUGAUUAAGAUUGGGAUGAAGCUGCAGGAGUUUUUCACCCAGCAAUUUGACACCAGCAAACGAGCAUUGUCCACAUGGGGUCCAGUCCCUUACCUUCCCCCUAAGGCACCUGUCAUCAACCUGGAGAAAGGCGCUGCAGAGCUAUACCUGGAUGCAGCCCACCAUCGUCAUUGGCCUGGGGUUCUGAAGGUGAUUGCUGGAUGCCACAUCUCCCUCUUCCAGAUGCCUCUCCCAGAGGAUGCUGUGCAACUGGGUGGCUCCAUGAGUCUUCAUGGCAACCACAUGACUCUGGCCUGCUUCCAUGGACCCAACUUUCGCUCAAAGUCCUGGGCCUUAUUCCACUUGGAGGAGCCCAAUAUAGCCUUUUGGACCGAGGCUCAGAAGAUAUUGGAGGACGGCUCCACUGAUGACUCCACCUAUAUCGUGCAGACGUUGGAUUUCCAUCUGGGUCACAACACCAUGGUAACCAAACCCUGUGGGGCGCUAGAAAGCCCAAUGGCCACUAUCACCAAAAUCACCCGGCGCCGGCAUGAAAACCCCCCUCAUGGAGUUGCCACAGUCAAGGAGUGGUUCAACUAUGUGACUGCAAUGAGGAAUGAGGAGCUGAACCUCUUGCGGAACGUGGAUGCCAACAACCCAGAGAGUGGGGCCGCUGCCAAGAGUUCCAGCCUACUUAGCAGCUUCCGUGGCUCGUCCAGCUACAACCAUGAGACAGAGACCAUCUUUGCCCUACCCAGGAUGCAGCUGGAUUUUAAGUCUAUCCAUGUCCAGGAUCCUGAUGAACCCUCCUUGACUGACUCCAACAGUAAACCUAAGGUGGAGUGCAGUGUGGUGACUGAGUUCACCGACCACAUAUGUGUCACCAUGGAUGCUGAGCUCAUCAUGUUUCUGCAUGACCUUGUCUCUGCCUACCUAAAGGAAAAAGAGAAGGCCCUUUUCAACCCCCGGAUAUUUGCCACUCGACCUGGACAGAAGAGCCCAACAGCUCUACAUGAUGAGAACUCCACAGACAAGGACAAGGAGGAUGGCGUUAACUACACCACUGUGGAUUGGAGAGAAUUCAUGUGCAACACCUGGCACCUGGAGCCCACGCUCAGGCUCAUCUCCUGGACGGGACGAAAGAUUGACCCUGUUGGUGUGGACUAUAUCCUCCAGAAGCUUGGCUUCCACCAUGCAAGGACUACGAUUCCCAAAUGGCUACAGAGGGGAGUGAUGGACCCCCUGGACAAAGUCCUGUCUGUCCUUAUAAAGAAACUAGGCACAGCACUGCAGGAUGAGAAAGAGAAGAAAGAAAAGAAGGAGAAGAUAGGGAGAGACAAGGAAGAGCACUAACUACGACACCAAUUCUUUGUAAUAUGAUAUUUAAAAAGCUAGAGGUCAAGUUGUAUAUUACAAACAAAAAAUAACUGGAAAACACUGGGUAUUUUCUUGACUACUGUACACAGCAUUCAUCAUUUGCACAUUUACUGCUAAGCUGUGUGAAUUUGUGCUUUGAUGUUUACUAUAGUGCAUGCCAAUUUGGGUUUUCAAUGACAAUUUGUGCAGCUUUUUUGUUUAUAUGUAUAUAUUGAACAAAGUAGUAAGUAAUGUCUUAUUUGACUGCCUGAAAUUUAGAUUCUGAAAAUCCCCGAAAUGGAUUAUAUGCUAUACAUACUUUGUAUGGUGUUAUUAGAACAAACACAUUGAAGACAUAAUUUAUUAUCUUUUUAAAGAUUUUGUUGUGGGACCACAUGGUAAAGAUAUAAUGAGGAAUCUCAUUGUAAUUUUUUUUUCUAAAUGAAUUCCAAUGACUACAUUUUGUGUAGAAGACUUCCUUUUAACAAAAAAGCAUUGGAUGGUUUAGGUCCAUCUUAAACAUUAUAAAAUUAUUCUAAUCAUAAACUUUGGUUGUUUUUAUUUAAUUGAAUGUGUGUAAAAUGUGUAGGCUGGGCCAUAUCCCAGAUAAGCUGGGUGUGUCAAGACUUUUUAAGGGGGAAUAACAACGAAUAUCCAAAUUUUUUUUAAGUUAAAUAGUUUGAGAUAAUUGUUGGACUCUCUCUAAGAAUGCAACCCUCUCAGGGAGAGCAGGGUCAUGCUAGCUAAAGUGCAACAUAAGAGGGUUAAAUUAAUGUCCCUUGACUAAUGCAAAUUGAUAGCACUUUGUAAAUUAACAAUUCUCUAUGUUAAAAAAAGAUUUUCUUUUCACAACAGAAACAUAACAUUUAUUGUGGCACAAGCCUGAGUUUCUUGCGUAGGGAAGAUAGUCCGACAAUUAUUUCACGUGAUUCAUGAACUUAGGCAAAUUGUUGAUAUUCAUUGUUAUUCUGCUUUAAUAUGUGCAAUAGACCAGUGUAUAUAAAAUAACUGUGAAAUUCUUAAAUGUUUUGAUUUCUUAACUUAAUAAAAUCAUUGCCAUCCAAUUUUAAA